CGACAGCGCAUCGAGGAAUUCAACAUUUCCAUAACCCGCAGCGCUCUCUCUCUCUCUCUCUCUCUCAUUCACGUUCUGAGAGAAUCAGAGAAGCGAUGCCCCAAGGUAGUAGCAUCAGAGCCAUCUGGAUCCUCAACAGCCUCGACGCCGUCGUCUUCUCCAGGAGGUUUCCGGUGGUGGAGAAGCGGUGGCGGGGAGCUUGCAAGGAGAGCUCUACUGAUGGCGGUCUCAAUGACACUGUGUUUCCUUUACUUCCUAGUGAUUCCGAGUUAGCUGCUGCAUUUGUGGACAGAAAGAGAAGAGAGGGCUCUAUUCGUGGGUGUGGAAUACGUGUAAAUCAGUCAGCUAAAGGCUCAGAUUCUUGGGUUGAUGAUCCAAUUACCCGUCAUAUAAUUGGAAUUUACAUGUGCAAAGAAAAGGAAGGGUAUGGCAAUAAUGAUAAAAAUAAUUUGCUGUGGCCUUUAGUCUUGCACACAAAGGGCCAUUUUUGCAUCCUGAUAUUGCCUUUAGUAGAGCCGAGGCAUUUGAAGGCAUAUGCAAGAUUAUGUAAUAGAUCUGAUUGUGGCAAUGCUGUUGGUGUGGAGGACAAUAUAUCUUCCAUUCUGCUCGAUCUUCCAUCCAUCACAGGGGCAUUUAUGGCGGCACAUGCAAUUGGUGACAUAAUAACUGGCGACGUCGUGGAACCUGAGGUAGUUGUCAAUGCAUCUCCAUCUGUUGGAGGUCUAUUGGAUUCGCUAACUGGCAGCAUAGGAAUAUCGAGCAUUUCCUCAAGGGCAAAACCAAUUGCAGCACCAGUUGCAUCCUCGAGCCCUACUAGCAGUGCUGUGACUGGAACUGUGACAUCAGAUGCUAACAAGACUGGUUCUAGGCCUUUAGAUAAAGAUGCACUUCGAACUUUCAUAAGCAGUUCAAUGCCCUUUGGAACGCUGAUGGAUUUGAGCUUCCCCAAUAUCAUUUCCAUUAAGGCUAAUGGUUUUUCGUCAUCUGAUCUUCCUCCUUCAGACCUGAAGCAACCAGCAUGGAAGCCUUACCUAUACAAAGGAAGGCAGAGAAUUCUAUUUUCUAUUCAUGAGACUGUCCAUGCUGCUAUGUACGACCGAGAUGAGAUUCCAGAUAGUAUAUUAAUUUCUGGACAUAUAAAUUGCCGAGCAGAGUUAGAAGGAUUGCCUGAUGUGUCCUUCCCCUUGAUAGGACUGAACUCAGAUAAGAUUGAAGUUUUAUCAUUUCAUCCUUGUGCUCAAGUUCCAGAACAAGGUGUUGAUAAGCAGGCUGUGAUGUUUUCACCACCAUUAGGUAAUUUUGCUUUAAUGCGUUACCAAGCAGUCUGUGGUAUUGGACCACCCAUAAAGGGAUUUUACCAAUUGUCUAUGGUAUCUGAGGAUAAAGGUGAUUUUUUAUUCAAAUUACGGCUAAUGGAUGGUUACAAGUCUCCUCUCACAAUGGAGUUUUGUACUGUGACUAUGCCUUUUCCAAGGAGACGGGUUGUAUCUUUUGAUGGGACUCCCUCGGUCGGAAUAGUUUCAACUACAGAGCAUUCUGUUGAAUGGAAGAUUAUAAUGGGCGGGCGGGGUCUUAGUGGGAAAAGUAUCGAGGCAACUUUUCCUGGUAAAGUCCAGUUUGCACCAUGGAAACCCCAAAUAUUACCUCCGUCUAGUUUGGCCUUUGGAAUCAUAACUGAUGAAGAUAGUGAUAUUGAGACGGAUGGUAAUAAUAAUAGUAUGGUCAAUGUAGAGGAGUUCUUAAUGGAGAAAAUGGGCAAGGAUCUUCAUCCUGCCGAUCUGGAGGAGCCAUUUUGCUGGCAUGCAUACAACUAUGCCAAGGUGUCCUUCAAAAUUGUUGGAGCUUCAUUGUCUGGAAUGUCAAUUGAUCCGAAAUCUGUAAGCAUUUAUCCGGCUGUGAAAGCACCAGUGGAGUCCUCUACUCAGGUUACAUCUGGGGAUUACAUAUUGUGGAAUACAUUGGGUAGAUGCCCAUCUGCUGUAGCAGCUACAAAAUUAUAGGGGAAGGAUAUUGAUGGCAGCCCAGAAAUGUCAAAUGUGAGUUUGCGAUCAGGGGAAGGCAUUUAUUUGUCUGAGGCAUUUAUUUGUCUGACAUGCGGACUACAUCCUUAUUAUCUCCUGUUAAAAGUCUGAUGCAUACUAGGAGGUACAGAUUCUUUGCUAUUUAUGAGCUGGCCUCAGUUUGAAGAGAUGGGAGAUCAUUUUAUGCUGUAAUUUGUCAUGAAACGGCUAUCAGACAUUUAAGUUAGUCGGGGGAGAUCAUCCAUGUAACUCCAUUUAGGAUUGUAAAUGAGAGGAAACUCUCCCAGGAUUUGCUGGAAAUUUGCUGAUCACUUGCUUCUCUCGAUUGACUUUGCUAGCGUUGCUUUGAAAGAUCUGUUGCAAAAAAAAAAAAUUAUUCCUUUAAAUUUGGCCUUUGAAACCCAUGAUGACAGAUUCAAAUGGCAUUUGGACAUUGUGAGAA